UGUGGUUAGAUUCAGUUUGAAACAGGAAGCACACAGGUUCAUUCUAUCACUUAUAAGUCCUUUAAACUGUGCAACUUCAAGCAAUUUUCAUCAGGAUGGAAGUGGACUGAAGGGUCUCCUUUCAGGCAUGAUUGAAGCUAAAAGCCAGCAAGGACUUCUCCUUGCCCUCAUUUCUUUGACCUGUCUUGGUUGCGUUUAUGCCUUCUGCUUGUGUUGUAAAAAGAGAUCUAUUAUGCAACAAGAGGACAACAUCCUGUAUGAGCAAAGUGAAUUCAGUGAAGAUAACAGUUCAUUUGUUCAAUCAGAAACGGUGAUUAGACAAAACCUGGGACCAGCACCGAGGCAAUCAACAGCGAGGUUAAAUUGUCCUAGAAAUGAAGGCCAGCAGCAAAUCCACACCAGUUAUCAGAACCUUCCUAAUGCUGGUGGCACAUUUGAACCAACAUAUGUGGACCCAAUUCCAGGUUCGCUUUAUGUAAAUGAAGAUGAGACAGAUCAUGGAACAUACGAGAAUGUUUGGCGGACAACAGUUGUUCAGCACGACUCAGAUAGCUAUGAUUAUGAAAACUCUGAGUUUCUGAACAGACAAACGGAGGAUGAUUCAGAAUAUGUGAACGAAGUCAACGAGCAUAGAUGAAGACUUUAAAAAGUGACCUGACUAAAAUGUGACUCCAGUUCAACUUCUUCUGAUAUAUAUUUGUAAAACUAUUUAGAAAAAAUAGAACAUGGUUUCCUAUUUAUAUGAUAUAAAUUGUAUUUUUUAUUAAAUAAAAAGCACCUGUUACUUAUGUUUCUCGUGCCGUGUGCGUGCGAGAUGUUUUCUUUUGCUCAUUAAUAAAGCCAUCUGUAAUGUUCAAACCAUUUUUAUUGUAAUUUAAUCAUUAACUAUCAAAACACUAGACUAACUACGAGACAAAAACUUACUCAAAAAUACAAUGUAUGGAAAUUUUAAAUGAUUUUAAGCAGAUUAAACUGCAUGAGUACCAUGCGGCAACUAAACCAAACAGGUACGGGGCAUCAUGAGCACAAAGUGAAUUUGCACCUGUGCUUUCACUCUUAAAUGAAAUGUAUUCAUUUUUUACACAUUUUGUAUGUUAUGCCAUUUAACACAUGUUGUCAUUUUGUGUUGAUUUUGUUCAAAUAAAUAAACGUGACAACACAGUUGGUUUAAAAGUAUUACAAAUUUUUUUUUCCAGUAACAACACAAAGAUUUGUCUAGUUUUGAAUAAAUAAUUUAGUAUGUUGUAUUUAACACAUCAUUUUUUAGUGUAAGUUUAGGGUAAUAUAAACAUUUAAAAUAGUUUUUUGUUGAAUUUUAUGCUGUUUUUAUUGGGUAAAUAAGACAUAUGCUAAAAAUAAAUGGAAAAUAAAUCCCUCACAAACAUCUUUUAUUUUUCAUUUUUAUUAAUGGAAUUUUUUUUAUACACUUUUUUACAUUUUAUAUAAAAUUGUAAUACAUGUGACCAUAUUUUCAGAACACAGAACGAAUGUGAU